GAGAACGUAGCUUGCACAAAAUCAGCGUAAAAAGCAAUUUUAGAAAAUGGCGUAUCUUGAAGACGAAGUCAAAAUUCUUUGGAACGUCCACUAAACAUAUCCAACUAACCAUCUAUCAACUAGCGAACGUUAGAAAUAGUAUCGAGCAUCCUUUUCGGAAUAGCAUGGCAGGAAAAGGCUGGAUAGACCGUUUUUUAACCCGUUAUCGAGACGAGAUCGUUUUACUGACACCAACAGACGCUUCAGCUGCCAGAACACUCGGCUUCGACAGAGAAAAUAAUGCAGGCGAGAUGGGGCUUUUACCGCUGUACAGUCAAAAGUAUCAAAAGUUGUUGGUCUUGAGGGGAAAAAAGUCAAAUGGCCAACUUAACGGCAGCAGAACGUGGUGCAUCGAUAACAGUUACGCGCUGUAUGAAAGCGGCAGAAAACUUUGCGCCACUUAUGAUCAUUUUUCCGAGGAAAAAUGAGAAUAAAUUACUUACGAAGGUGACACUGUGCGAAUCGUUCGGCACAUAUCAUCCGUCUGGCUGGAUUCGAACACCACCCUUCACACAACGGAUCCAACGCUUCG